GCCACACGGAGAACCCGGAUGGAACCUCGGCGCGGCUGGGGUGGAGGUCGCGGCGGAAGCUUCUGUGUCCCUGCGCCCCGCAGGUUCCUGCUCGGGGACCGGACCUGAGGAGCCGCCGCCCUGACUUGUUCCGGCGCCUAGUGGCUGGACUCCAGCCCGAGCGGAGAGCGACCUGGAGCCGGAGACGGGCGACUGAAAGAAGCCCGAGCAUCCCUUGGGCCUGCGCCCAGGCUCGGAGACGGGCGGGUGGAGACCGAGCGGAGCCCUUCCUCGCCGCCGGCGCCCGUAGCUCGCCCGAGCUGCUUCCCGAACGCGCCGUCUUUAAUUAUACACCAACAGGUCCUACCAGUUACGAGCUGCAUGUUCUUUACAUGCAUGCUUCAUAAUUAAAGCUCCCAACAGCCCUCUAAGCAAAAUUCUGCAGCAUCUCUGGAAUACUACCUGAGAAUUUUGGGGUGCCAUGUCGAAGAAACGCAAAUGGGAUGAUGACUAUGUUCGUUACUGGUUCACCUGUACAACAGAGGUUGAUGGAACUCAGCGCCCACAGUGUGUAUUGUGUAACUCGAUAUUUUCAAAUGCUGACCUCAGACCAUCAAAAUUGUCUGACCAUUUUAACAGACAGCAUGGUGGUGUAGGUGGGCAUGAUCUCAGUAGCCUGAAGCAUAUGCCAGCACCAUCUGAUCAGAGUGAAACCUUGAAAACAUUUGGAGUUGCAUCUCACGAGGAUGCCUUAUUACAAGCAUCUUAUCAGUUUGCAUAUUUAUGUGCCAAGGAGAAGAAUCCUCAUACAAUAGCUGAAAAAUUAGUAAAACCUUGUGCAUUGGAAAUAGCACAAAUAGUUUUGGGACCAGAUGCACAAAAGAAGCUUCAGCAGGUACCCUUAUCAGAUGAUGUGAUCCAUUCUAGAAUUGAUGAAAUGAGCCAGGAUAUCUUACAGCAAGUUCUAGAGGACAUCAAAGCCAGUCCUCUGAAAGUGGGUAUUCAGCUUGCUGAGACAACGGACAUGGGUGACUGCAGUCAGCUAAUGGCAUUUGUACGAUACAUAAAAGAAAGAGAGAUCAUAGAAGAAUUUCUAUUCUGUGAACCACUGCAGUUAACAAUGAAAGGAAAAGAUGUGUUCAAUCUCUUCAGAGACUUCUUUUUGAAGCAUAAGAUAGCGCUUGAUGUAUGUGGCUCUGUUUGUACUGACGGUGCCUCUUCUAUGCUAGCAGAAAAUUCAGAAUUUGUUGCCUGUGUGAAAAAAGAGGCACCUCACAUCGUGAUCACACAUUGUUUGUUGAAUCCUCAUGACCUUGUCACAAAGACCUUGCCUACAAAACUGAGAGAUGCUCUGUUUACUGUGGUGAGGGUAAUAAAUUUCAUCAAAGGACGCGCUCCAAAUCAUCGCCUCUUUCAGGCUUUUUUUGAAGAAAUUGGAGUCGAGUAUAGUGUCCUCCUUUUCCAUACUGAAAUGAGGUGGCUUUCCCGAGGUCAAAUACUUACCCAUAUUUUUGAAAUGUAUGAAGAAAUAAAUCAGUUUCUUCACCACCAAAGCAGUAACUUAGUUGAUGGCUUUGAAAAUAAAGAGUUUAAAGUUCACUUAGCAUACCUUGCAGAUUUAUUCAAACACCUGAAUGAACUUAGUGCAUCUAUGCAAAGGACUGGGAUGAACACAGUGUCAGCUAGAGAAAAGUUAUCUGCUUUUGUUAGGAAGUUUCCAUUUUGGCUAAAGCGAAUUGAGAAAAGAAAUUUUACCAACUUUCCUCUUCUUGAAGAAAUCAUUGUUUCAGAUAAUGAAGCACCAAGCAUUGCAGCUGAAAUAACACUGCACCUGCAACAGCUGAGCAACUUCUUCCAUGGAUAUUUUUCUGUUGGAGAUCUUGCUGAGGCAAGUAAAUGGAUACUGGAUCCAUUUCUUUUUAAUCUGGAUUUUGUCGAUGAUGGUUAUUUGAUGAAAACUGAUCUUGCUGAAUUACGAGCUAGUGGCCAAAUCCUAAUGGAAUUUGAGACAAUGAAGCUUGAGGAUUUCUGGUGUGCUCAAUUCACAGUGUUUCCAAGCCUGGCAAAGACAGCUCUAGAAAUCCUUAUACCAUUUGCAACUACAUACCUUUGUGAGUUGGGAUUUUCAUCACUUUUACAUUUUAAAACAAAGUCCAGAAGCUGCUUUAAUAUGAGUGAUGAUAUUCGUGUGGCUAUUUCAAAAAAAGUUCCUCGUUUCUCAGACAUCAUUGAACAAAAGCUACAGCUACAGCAGAAGUCACUGUGAGCUGAUACAUUUUUAAUAUAUUCUUAAUUUUAUUGUAAAAUUAAGCUAUAAUUGUGUCUCUUUUAUAUUUAUGGCAUACCAAAUCCCAAGAAAAAGUUUAGCAUGUGUAACUUUUAAUUUUCACAGUUUUGAGAAUAAGAACACAGGCAGCAGAAAAGAUUAAAUAACACCUAGUGGAUACAUAGAAUUCUUCUAAGUAUCUGUUGAAGCUGUUGAUGUGAUACAUAAAAAGACACACAAGCACUAGAAUAUCCACCUAAGUGGUACAAUAGGCUAGGAAUGGAUCCCAGAGAAGAGAGAAGGUCUCCCAGAACAUGCGUCUUCAUGUUAAAAGUAAAAAUUGAAGGACAAAAUGACAGACUGAGUCCCCGCGUCUCUGUGAGUGUUGUCAAUGGUUAGGCUAAUGCAAUCAGAAAAGGAUUAUGAAAUGUUAUAGUUGGAAAAGGGAUGGUUCUAGUUUAUAUAAGAUUUACUUUUAAAUGUAUUCUUUGGAGUUAGUCUUACAAUGUCCAUUCCUCUAGCUCCCAUGCUCUAAAUACCAUGACAUUAAUAAAUGUCCUAAUAUCCUA